AUGUCAAGCCUAGGGGAAGCCAAAGAUGUCGAUUUAUCUGUCGAAGACGAAGUGAGCGCGAAGCGUGGCUAUACAGCUGCGCUAAACAAUUCCAAGGUAUCGAAAGAAUCCAAGAAUAAUGCAUUAGACCUUCUCUAUGAUGAAAUUGACGGGGAUACACCUCGGCAUUACCUUGAUGAGACUGCGGACCAGAGUAAAGCCCCGAGUGGUCUAGCUGGCGCGGAAAAAGCUGAACACAGGUCUCACCACACCACUCAAAGCGAGAUUGACUCGUUAGAGAGACACCAUGAUCGUCAUUAUCAUCAUCCAGGAUAG